CGCUGCUCGAACAGCAAACCAGCAUCCCUCGAGCAGUACUCGAACAGCAAACCAGCAUCCCUUGAGCAGUACUCGAACAUCAAACCAGCAUCGCUCGAGCGGUACCGGAACAACAAACCAACAUUCUUCAAGCGGUACUCGAACAGCAAACCAAAGUUUGGACCUCGAAUGGAGAGAACAUGCGCUAAAUCCAAAACUCA